GAACAAUGAAAUGUAAAUACUGCUUCAAGGAAGCUUCCCGGUUUUCACUUCCCGGUGAGCACAGAGGCACCGGCGGAGGUCUGCCCGCCGACUCUGUUCAACCAGCCGGCUCCUCCCUCCCUCUGUCGGUCGAACCACACCUGCGCACGGUGAGCCCCAGCAAAGAUGGCCGCUGUUCUGUAGUCGGACUGCGAUCAGCCAGCAAGUGUUUUCCCGAAGUCAAAAGUCACCGAUAAGCCGGCUGUCACGGGAGACUGAGCGAGAAGAGACAUCGGUACGCCGUGGAGUACAACUGGGACACGGCGGUGUGACUGCCAGUCGGUUUCGGCGGUCGGAGUGAGAGUUUCUGCUAAUUAUACCCGCAGCCUGCGUUCAACCCCGGCCAGACUUUGACAGCGGGUUGUUCCGCACUCGUCGACAGACUUUAGGGGGUCGUCGCGGUGGCGUAAUGUGUCACAGGUAAUCUUGAAUUACUCAGGUAAUUACCCCCGCCCCCCCCCCCCCCCCCCCCCCAUCCCUUGCCAAAGCGAUGAUGUCGUCCGCCCAGCCGGCCCUGGCCCUGGACUCCCUGUCGGUGGGCUCCCUGCUCUCGGGGGAGCUGGACGAGGAGGGCGAGGGGGACGAAGGGGAUUUGGGGGACCUGGAGGUGAACCCCUACGACGGGCUGCCCUUCUCGUCCCGGUACUACAGCCUGCUGGAGCAGCGCCGGCAGCUGCCCGUGUGGAGCGUCAAGUACGGCCUGCUGGAGCUGCUGGAGACCCACAGCCUGGUGGUGCUGAGCGCUGAGAGCGGAGCGGGGAAGAGCACGCAGGUGCCGCAGUGGUGUGUGGAGUACGCGCUCUCUCUGCAGUUCACUGAGGGGCUGGUGUGUUGCUCCCAGCCGUACGCGGCCGCCGCGGGCAGCCUGGCGCUCCGGGUGGCCGAUGAGAUGGACCUGAGCCUGGGCCUGGAGGUGGGCUACAGGGUCCCCCACGACGAGGGCUGCACCCCCGACACCCUGCUCAGGUUUAUGACGGACUCUCUCCUGCUGGGGGAGAUGAUGUCAGACCCGUUGCUACGGCAGUACGGGGUGGUCGUGGUGGACGAGGCGCAGGAGCGCACCGUGGCAACGGACGCCCUCCUGGGGCUGCUGCGGGACGUGUGCCGCCAGCGCCCCGAAUUCCGGGUGGUGGUGCUGACCGCCCCCCCGCUGGGCACCCGCCUGGCCGCCUACCUGGGCGAGGACACGCCUCUCCUGGCCCUGGCCCCGCCCGACCGCCCCGCCGCCGUGGAGACGCUGUACCGCGAGCCCCCCGUCGGCAGGGACCCCGCGGCGGCCGCCUGUCACAUGGUCCUGGACCUCCACCGCAGGGGGGAGGAGGGGGCCGUGCUGGUGUUCCUCUCCAGCGCUCAGGAGAUCUGUGAGUGUCGGGCUCUGCUGGAGAAGGAGGCCGUGGCUCUCAGUCCCCAGCUGGGUGAGCUGAAGGUGCUGUCCCUGUACGCGGCGCUAGGGGGCGCCACCCAGCGUGUCUAUGACACGGGACCCGACGGCGUAGAGGAGCCCCAGGGGGUUCCGGGGACCCCCAAGCGACGGGUCGUCCUCACCGACACCCUGGGGGAGGCGUCCUUCUCGCUCGACAACAUCCGCUACGUCAUCGACACCGGCCUGCAGCUGAAAACUGUCUACAAUCCACAAAUCAGAGCAGACUCCCAGGUGCUGCGGCCAAUCAGCCGGGACCAGGCAGAUAUGCGCAGGCAAAGGGUGAACAGUAGCUCUCCAGGGCUGUGUUUUCGGCUGUACCCCCAGGCCCUGUACGAGGGGGGCAUGUCGGAGACCCGCUGUCCGGAUGUGGCUGAAGCCAGCCUCAGCCACCUGGUCCUGCUGCUGAAAAGGCUGGACAUCGCCGAUAUGGGCCAGUGCAAGUUCCUGGACCGGCCUGCCCCGGAGGCCCUCAUGCAGGCGCUGGAGGAUCUGGACUACCUGGCGGCUCUGGACGACGACGGGAACCUGUCGGAGGUGGGCAUCAUCAUGUCUGAGCUGCCGCUGGAGCCGGCGCUGGCCAAGGCGCUCAUCGCGUCCUGCGAGUUCGACUGCGUGAGCGAGCUGCUCACCAUCGCCGCCAUGCUCACUGCACCCUCGUGCUUCGUGACGCCUGCGCCCCAGAGCGAGGAGGCCGCUGCGACUCACCGGCGCCCCCUGCUGCACCCGGAGGGGGACCACCUCACUCUCAUCAACAUCUUCAACGCCUACGUCCAGCACGGGGAGGAGGAGUCCUGGUGCACCAAGAACUUCCUGAACGCCGCCGCGCUGCGGCUCGCCAUGGUGAUCCGGGCGGAGCUCCUGGAGGUGAUGCAGCGAAUCGAGCUGCCCGUCUCGCCGCCCGCCUUCGGUUGCCAGGACAACAGCACCAACGUCAAGCGGGCGCUCAUCUCAGGGUUCUUCCUCAAGGUGGCCCACGACGUGGACGGCCUGGGGAACUACCUGCUGCUGACCCACCGCCACGUGGCGCACCUGCAUCCCUUCUCCUCCUACCUGUGCCGCCGACCGCGCCCUGCCCCGCCCAGCUGGGUGCUGUACCACGAGUUCACCAUCUCCCACGACAACUGCAUCCGCACCGCCUCCGAGAUCCACCCGCACAUGCUGGUGGAGCUGGCUCCGCAGUAUUACCUUGGCAACCUGCCGGCCAGCGAAGGGCGGGACCUGCUGAUGGAGCUGCGGCAGAAUCUGGCGCCGGCGGAUGAUCAGGGGGCCGAGGGGGCCGAGGGGGCGGGGCAGAGUCAGGACCAAGACCCGGACAGCGAGACCCAGAACACGGACAGCACAGAGAUGUGUCUACUGCAGUGAAGAGCCUGGAGAGCACCAGAAAUACUGACUGACACACACACGCGCACGCACGCACACGCACACACACACACAUACACACUCAUGCACGCACACACACACACGCACACGCACACACGCAUGCACACACACACGCACACGCACGCACACAAACACACACAUACACACUCAUGCACGCACACACACGCACGCACACGCACACACUCAUGCACGCACACAUGCAUGCCACACACACAUACAUGCAUACACACGCACACAUGCACACCACACACGCAUGCACGCCACACACACAUACAUGCACACACACAAACGCGCAAGCACGCACACACACAUACACACACACUGAAGCUCGGACACACAAGCACACGCACAUGCAUGUACGCACACACAUACAUGCACGCACGUACACACACAUGCGCACACGCACAGUCACAAGCUCUUCUCACACACGCUACUCUUCUCGACAGUGCAAUAUAGUUUGAAAAAUAUGAGAGCUUUGAGCUGAAGCUGAACAACACACUGUUGUCCCAAGCCUUAGUAGCUGCUUUCAUCUGAAGGAAUACUUUGAGUGGACCUGUUUUAGCCUUAACUGGUGCAAUUGCAGAUGUACUGGGACAAUCAAACUGAAUAAUGAAGUGAGUAAUGCUUCACAGUGGAUAGUUCAAAUACUCAAGGACAAAUCACAGAGAAUUGUGAUUGAAUUGGAAAAAAAUUUUGUAACUGUCGGAGAGACAAAAAAAAUGAAACUACAUUCAUUUGCAAUUAACUAUUUAUAUGCCAUACGUAUGUAUCAUUUAUGAUUUGCAGUAUGUGGAUGUUGUCACUCAAGGUACUCUUAUUGUUUUGUAUAUAACUGUGGACCAGUGACUGUCUUUAUAUGAGACAAAAGGCUCAAGAGACACCAAAAGACACAAUUUUAUAUGUGCACACAUACAGUAUGUAUGUUUGACAUACAUAUUCUGGAUCUGUGAAUGCCUACUAUCAUUUCUCACCCUGGCCACCAGGGGGGUGCAGUAAUCCCUCUUUGUAAGCAGUCAGUCCGUCCACAUGCAGCCUGUUCUGCACGGAUCUAAAAAUCUCCAGUCCUGGUUGGGGGGGGGGGGGCAUGAUGCCUGCAGGUUUUUGUGGUUUGCUUUCAUUAAGCAGCCAAUCAGAGUUUCUGUUUGCAAACUCUAGCGAAUCAGUGAGAGAGCUGAAACAGAUAGAAAACGCACAGACUGGCUGGUCCUUCAGGAGCUGAGAUGAAUGUGUUUACAAGUGAGGCACGAGGUGGGCAUGGUCCUAAAGCCAUCUGCUACGUGAAUUCAUGGGAGUUCACACCUUUCCUUUAUACAUGGGUCGUGCAUUAUAUUAUUACUAUUAUUAUUAUUAUUUGCAUGUUAGGGGUUCUGUUCUGGAAGUACCACUGGACUGGCCCGCUUUCAACGCUUAAGUUCUGUUUUUGGGUCUGGUUCCCCAGGGGUCAGUGUAAGGCCCAAUAGGCAGCACAAAGACUUGCACGGAUGCGAUUGGACCAAACCCGUCUGGGACUUCUGGUGGAAUGAAGCCUAUUGAUCCUCAGGUUUGGGUUGGGCUGGGUUGGGUUGGGUUGCUUUGAGGUGAGGGGCUUAUUGUCUUGGCUGUGAAAUCACACCCUGUUUAUGAUCUCUUUUUCUAAUACUCAGUGGGUACUCAGCCUUUUUUUUUGUUGACCUCUGACCUCUGACCACUUUGUGCCCUCCCCUUUGUUGCUUUACCAAUCAUAUAUUUUUGUGUUGUGUUGUGUGUGUGUGAUGGGGGAGAAUAAAAAAAACCCUCUGCCAUCUCACAUUGUGUCUCUUGCAGUGAUGAAAUUAAAUUUAAAAGCAAAAUGA